AUGUCAGAGAAAAUACCUGUGGCAGACAACAAAAACAUAUCUUCAAAACCAAGAAAUGAAGCUUAUCCAAUGCAGGAAGCUGGUGUUUUGGAUUCCAAUGGAGAGCAAGUACAGACUGAGACCAAGAUUCAAGAGAAACUGAAGGAGCUAUGUACUUGUCCUCCUCAAGGUGUUAUUGCCCAAAUAAUAACAAACGUGGCAAUAGGAGCAGUGAUCUGGGGCCUAAUUUGGAGUUUAACAGGCGAAGAGAGUCUGCCUGGUGGGAACAUCUUCGGAAUUGUAUGCCUCUAUUUUUGUUCAGUAAUUGGUGGCAAAAUUAUGAAGCGAAUUAAAAUACCGGGACUGCCUCCUCUACCUCCUUUUCUUGGUAUGUUGAUUGCUGGAUUCCUCAUCAGAAAUAUUGAAUAUGUCAGUCAGGUGAUCGUGAUCGAAGUAUAUUGGGGAGUUAUAUUCAGAAAUAUUGCCCUCUCAAUUAUUUUGUCUCUAGCUGGUCUUGGCCUUGACGCAAAGGCUCUGAACAAAUUAAAAGCUGUCUGUUUCAGACUAUGCAUAGGACCCUGCAUCACUGAGGCAUGUUCAGCAGCAGUCAUAUCUCACUUUAUAAUGAAAUUCCCAUGGGUAUGGGGAUUUAUGUUAGGAUUUGUUCUAGGUGCUGUAUCUCCAGCUGUUGUGGUGCUUUCAAUGCUGAUGUUACAAAGACAAGGUCUUGGUGUAGACCAAGGAAUUCCAACUUUACUAAUAGCUGCUGCCAGUAUAGAUGACAUUGUAGCCAUCACAGGCUUUAACAUUUUCUUGGGCAUGGCUUUUUCCUCAGGCUCUACCCUUCGUAGUAUCUUCCGUGGCCUGGUGGAAGUUGUUAUUGGUGCAGGUGCUGGUUGCCUUUUAGGAUUUUUCAUUACAUAUUUUCCAAGCAAGGAUCAGAAAUCCAUUGUAUGGAAAAGAGCUUUCUUUGUGAUUGGCUUGUCAGCAUUUUCUCUUUUAUGCAGCAAACGUUUUGGCUUUCCAGGAUCUGGAGGACUCUGUGUCAUUGUUUUGUCAUUUCUCGCUGGAAUGGCAUGGUCUAAUGAAAAGAAAGCAGUGCAAGAUGUUGUUACUUUUGCAUGGCAAGUGUCCCAACCAUUUCUAUUUGGACUAAUCGGAGCUGAAAUCUCCAUUACUUCCCUUGGAUCAGAAACUGUUGGGCUUUGUUUGUCCACUAUGUUUUUAGCUUUAAUGGCUCGAAUUGUGGCUACGUUUUUGUUGGUGAGUUUCUCUGGCUUUCAUUGGAAGGAAAAAAUAUUUAUUGCACUGGCAUGGAUCCCCAAAGCAACUGUCCAGGCUGCAAUUGGUUCUGUUGCCUUAGAUACAGCACGAGGUUACAAAGAUAAAGUGCUAGAAAAAUAUGGCCUGUACAUCUUGACAAUAGCUUUCCUUGCAAUCUUGAUCACCGCUCCUGCUGGAGCUGUGAUAAUUGGACUGGCUGGACCCAGACUUCUCCGCAAGAGUACCAAAGGCAAUGAAGAUAACCUAGCAAUAGACAGUCUUUCACCAGAAGAGAAAACUUAG